GAGUGCAGAGACCUGGCAGGGCUUCCCCUCCUUUGUCUGUCUGGCUCAGGGCUGCAGCGCCAGAGGAAAUCAAGAAAUGUCCAAACACAGUUGCAGUGGUGGUGGACGGGGACGAGCUCCGCCUCGCCUCCGACAGAAAGAAGGAAAAGUACCGACGGACUGAAAAACUCUUCUUCUGAAAAGGAUUCGGAGGAAAAAAAGGAGCCAAAACCAGCGUUUUUCCUUUUUUUAAAUGAAAUUCCGCAUUGGAGCGAUUGAAUUUUGUGCAACGUGGCUGCACUUUCUCAUGAGCUGACCUUUUAAUGUUUGUAGUAACAACAAAGAAAUUAUUGAAUUGCUUUUUUUGAGAGCCAAACAACAUCUGUGACCUGGAAGAGGACGAACGUGUGACUCCAGCGGUUCCACUUGUGGCCGGAGGAAGGCCGAACACAUGAGCCAAACAUGACGUCAACGGCAACAAGACCAUCCCACCUUUCCCAGAGGGGACGGAGAUGGUCAUGUUCGGCAUGGGCUGCUUCUGGGGAGCCGAGAGGAAGCUCUGGAGUCAAAAGGGAGUUUACUCCACCCAAGUGGGCUACUCUGCAGGAUACACCCCCAACGCCACCUACAGGGAGGUCUGCACAGGUCGAACCGGCCACAACGAGGUGGUGAGAGUCGUCUUCCAUCCCGAGCGGAUCAGCUUCACCGACCUGCUGAAGGUUUUCUGGGAGAACCACAACCCGACUCAAGGGAUGCGUCAGGGGAACGACUCUGGGACCACGUACCGCUCCGGCAUCUACACCUACACAGAUCUGCAGCUGCAGGAAGCCUUGGCCUCCAGAGAUCAAUACCAGCAGGUUCUGACGAAGGCCGGCUUCGGUCCAAUCACAACGGAGAUAGCCGAAGUCAAGCCAUUCUACUACGCUGAGGAUUACCACCAACAGUACCUGAACAAGAACCCUGAUGGAUACUGUGGCAUGGGCGGAACCGGAGUCUCCUGCCCAAUAGGACUCAAGAAGAAGACUUAGAUGGACAGUGGCAGGGAUCUUUUAAGGCUUUAAAAUGCUUACUAAUGCAAAAAAUUUAAUUUAGCUUCGACUCGAUCUUCUUGAAAACAACAGACGUGUGGAAACGUGAUGACUUCAUUGAACCUGCAGUGCUGGUUUCUGACGUCUUCAGGUGAAAGUAAGAAAGAAGAGACGUUAGCGAGCGAGUUCAGACACAUGGGACACGCCCUCCCAGUGUGGAGGCUUCUUCAAACAGAACAAUGGCCCAAUAUCCAUUACCUGAUAUCUAUUACUUUAUAUCCAUUACUUGAUAUGCCUUGCGUCAGCCUCCACGGUGGUUUAGGAUAUUUCCGAGUUCAGCGCCUCAACGCCAAACUCUUUCUGAUUGAACUGACAGGUAAACUAACUAUUCCAGUGCCUGACAGUAUAUUUGAGUGAAUUGUAAAAUAAAUGCAACCUUUAGAAUGUAAAUAAAUAAAAUGGACGAAGUGUGUCAAUCAUGACGCGUUCUUAUAUCAUCAAAUAACCAAACUUUCUACCUGGAAUGACACAAAACAUUUAUUUAAAUGUCCCAUCUGCUGACAUGGAGGCGGCAGGGUUUAUAACCCAUACUGCAGCCAGCCACUAGAGGGCGACACUUUUUUGAGACGUCAUAUCGUCCAUCUUUCUGCAAAAAUGUCAUCUUUUCUCUGGUUUGAGCUCCAGAAGAAGAUAUUGAUUUGUUUUUCUCAGCUUGUUUUAUGAUAUUAUUCUUUUAAACUGAUUUAAUUUCAUAGUUUUCAUCAUUAAAGCAUUAAAAUCUUCUCAAAGCUGUU